AUGCUUUACGUGAUGCAAAACCCAAAGGAUGUUGCUGUGUCAUUUUAUCACUUCUCCAAAAUCCUCUCUGACGUGGAAACGCCUCAGAACUUCCACCCAUUCUUGGAGGACUUCUUACAUGGAAAUGUGUUCUGUUCAUCCUGGUUCGACCACAUCAGAGCUUGGCAACAGGAGAAGGACAACUACAACAUCCUGAUGUUGAGCUAUGAGGACAUGAUGUUGGAUCUGGAAGCAGCUGUGAGGAAGAUCUGCAAGUUUCUGGGGAGGAACCUGAGUGAUGCUCAGAUCCAACAGGUCGUCCACAAGUCCACGUUUAAGAACAUGAAGAAGGAUGAACGAGCCAACUACAAGUUUAUUCCAGAAGAAAGACUCAGUGGUGACUUCAUGCGCAAAGGUAAAAUCGGUGACUGGAAGAACACUUUCACUGUGGCCCAGAGUGAGCGAGUCGAUCGUCUACUUCAGGAACGACUCAGUGACCUGCCGCUGAAGAUCACCUGGGAGUGA